UGGAAAGAUUUUCUCUUGUCCGGGCCACUUAAAAGACAUGAACAUAUACAUACAGGAGUGAAGCCUUACUCUUGCUCUGACUGUGUAAAAUGCUACACAACAUCAUCUGAGCUAAAACUUCAUCAGAGAGUGCACACUGGAGAGAAGCUUUACUCCUGCUAUGACUGUGGGAAGAGUUUCUCUCGACAGGGUUUUUUAAAAGCACAUGAACUUAUACAUGCAGGAGUGAAGCCUUAUUCCUGCUCUGACUGUGGGAAGAUUUUCUCUCAACUGGGCCACUUAAAAAGACAUGAACGUAUACAUACAGGGGUGAAGCCUUACUCCUGCUCUGACUGUGUAAAAUGCUUCACAACAUCAACUGAGCAAAAAGUCCACCACAGAACACACACAGGAGAGAAGCCUUACUCCUGCUCUGACUGUGUAAAAUGCUUCACAACAUCAACUGACCUAAAAGUCCAUCAGAGAACACACACAGGCGAGAAGCCUUACUUCUGCUCUGACUGUGGAAAGAGUUUUUCUCAAUCGUGCCACUUAAAAAGACACCAAGGUAAACAUAAAGGAGAGAAGCUUUAUACCACUGAUCUGACUGUAGAAAAUGUUUCAAAACAACAGCUGAGCAAAAAGGUCAUCAGAGAACACACACCGGAGAGAAGCCUUACUUCUGCUCUUAAUUUGGCAAGAGUAACUCAAGUAAAAGUCUAAAGGUAUUCUGUUGUAAAUAUACCUUAGUUUCAAAAGUAAAAGUGAAUCAUUUCAAAUUGCUUAAAUGAACCUCUACGCGAUGGGUGUCCACUAACCAGGACGGUUGUUGCUAACCUUUCAAUGUGACUAGAAUGACGAUGUAUACAACAGCCAACUUUCCAGAACAUAGACAUGACUUUAUAUCGUCAGAAAGCUUAAAUUCUGUUAAUCUACCUGCAGUGUCCAAUUUAACAGUAGCUAUUUCAUUGAAAAAAAUACAGUGCUAUUUUUUGAGUAGAGUGCACAACAACUUUUAUCAUGGCAACUGGUUUAAUACAUUCACCUCUGAAGGUCAAUAGUGUACUUGCAUUCAGUAAUCUUUCUCUGAUUUGUCAUCCUGAGGGUCCCAGAGAUCAAAUGUAGCAUAGUUUAAUUUGCUAAAAUGUUCAAAUGUAGGAACUGGGUUCCACAUUUUGAACCCCUGUUGUCUCUGGCUCCACACCUACCCCACCUGGCCAUCUAGAUGUGUGGAAGUUAGUGAAUAAGCUAAUGAUCCAUCAUGUCGCAGUUGCAAAUGAGAACUUGUUCUUAACUAGCCUACCUGGUUAAAUAAAGGUGAAAUUAAAAAAAAUUAAAAAAACGU